GAUUCCCUUUCUAUCCCCAUCAACCAUUCAUCCCACGCAAGACUAUUCCAGAUUAUUCCUAUCAUUUCCCUACUCGACCCUAGCCAGAAAAUACCCACUUAUCCCACCGAGGUCAGCCAAAAUGACGCAACUCAACGAAAACGACAAAAUCGAACUCCAGGUCGCCCUGGGCCCGCUGGGCACCGGCAUCUACUACAUCUAGGGAACGCAUUCGCCCCCUCCGCAGCCUCAUGGCACCGCACGGGCCAAGAGACCGCGGGCCCCGCGCUGCCGAACUGGUGCCUGGCGUACAACCAGUCCGACGACCUGGUGUGGCUGAACACGCAGGGCUACCACGAGGGGUACUUCGUGGUGAACAGCGCGCCGGGCGGGGCGCAUUUCGUGUGGGCCGAGUUCGCCGUCAAGGCGCGGGACCACGAGGCCCGGUACAUGGUGCUGGAGCGCGGGGUGAUCCAGAGCAUGGGGGGCCAGGCGGCGUGCACGCACGAGGAUAUGGUGGAGUUCGCGCGGCGGUGGGGCGGCUACGAGGUCACCGGGGACGAGAAGGAGUACUUCCUGGGGUGUAUCCGGGCGGCGACGCAGAAGCGGGAUCCGAUGGCGGCUUGAGUUUAAAGAGAAUAACAAUGAAUUUAACGGGACCUGUAGUGGUUACUAAGAUUGGUAAACUCCGGAUGAUGCCAGUAUUCAUACCACCCGAUGUACUUUUGAUAUUGCUGUCGGCGGCCUGAUGCCUCGGUAGCCAGGCUACUCACCACUUGCUACAGCCAUAUUGAUGGUU